AUGGCUCGGCUCCGAUACCGCAAAGAAGCCCCUGGCUAUAGCUCAUCAGAUUCUGAAGAGGAACUUCCUCGAAGAUCACAGAGAACUGCCAAGUCCAGGAAAUACGCACAACCAUCAGACUCCGAGGAGGACGAUUACUCCCGGAGAUCCACGAGAAGGUCGUCUCGCUCUCGUAGAGAUCUGGAAGCAUUCGGCUACAGCUCCGACUCUGAGUCAGAUGAAGAUAGACGCGGAAAGUCGAGUAAGAAAAACAACAACAACCAAAAUCAGAAGAAGAAAAAGAAGAGAAAGCCUAGCCCUCAGCGAAGUAUCAACAAGAUCUGGCGACACUUUACCGCCAAGAACUUCACCAAGGCGCUCUCCAUUUUGCCGUUUGAUCCGGUUCCCCUGCCAUCGGACCAGGACCGUCCCAAUGAGCUUCUCAGCGCCGGCUACGAUCGUGCCGUUGACGAAUGUCGACGCAAAGUGAAGAAGAUCAUUCAAGAAUGUAAGAGGGUCAACACGCGAUACCGUGACCCUGGUUGGGACAUUGACUUUGACCUGAAGAUGACCAAAGGCAACUGCCUCAAUUACUUGGGCUCCAACAAGUUUGAUGUGGCAGGGCCACGUCUCAGUACUAGCACUGCUAUCCCCAAGUCCGUCAAACGCGUCCAUGAAAUCUACAAGAACCCCACCUUUUUGGAGAACUUGGAUGCCAGCGAUGUCAAGCAGGGUAGUAUUGGCAACUGCUGGCUCAUUGCCAGUCUGAGUGCACUUGCCAACGUUGAGGACGGCAUCAAGCGGAUGUGCGUCGAAUACGACACUCGUAUCGGUAUCUACGGGUUUGUCUUUUUCCGUGAUGGCGAAUGGGUUUAUUCCAUCAUUGAUGACAAGCUCUACCUCACUUCCCCCAACUGGGACUCACCUUCAAUGCAGCGUGAUCUUUUGACGCAGAUUGACCGCGAAAGUGAGGAUGCCGAGCAAACGUACCGCAAGACAUAUCAAACUGGAUCCAAGGCCGUUUUCUUCGGUUCCAACAGGGACCCGAAUGCAACCUGGGUUCCCUUGAUCGAGAAGGCUUUUGCCAAGGUUCAUGGAGAUUAUUCUUCCUUGAUCGGCGGCUGGAUUGGUGAGGGUCUCGAGGAUCUCAGCGGCGGAGUUACCACCGAGCUCCUUGGCAGCGAUAUCCUUGAUCUCGAUAGCUUCUGGGAGAACGAAAUGAGCAAGGUCAACCAGGAAUUCAUGUUUGGUUGCUCCACCGGCCUCCUCGAUGGCGGUUAUGGUGAGCGAAGCGGCAUUCGCGAGGGACAUGCUUACGUUGUCAUGGAUGCGAGGACCAUGAAGAAUGGUGAGCGCCUCGUCAAGCUUCGCAAUCCCUGGGGCAAGCUCAAGAAGGGUAUCUGGGAUGGUCCUUGGAGCGAUGGUUCCAAGGAAUGGACUAGUGCUGCCAAGGAGGAGCUUGGCCAUACUUUUGGAAACGACUCUGUGUUCUGGAUUCGUUUCGAGGAUCUGCUACGCAAGUUCCAGCACUUUGAUCGAACACGCCUCUUCAGAGACCCCGAUUGGAGAUGCUGCCAGCGCUGGAUCGGAGUUGAGGUACCGUGGAAGCCGCAGUACAACGAGAAGUUCCACUUCACGUUGACCAAGGAGUCACCUCUAGUGCUUGUACUAUCUCAGCUCGACAACCGUUACUACAAGGGUCUUCAUGGACAGUACAGCUUCCGACUGCAGUUCCGUAUUCACGAACAGGGCAGGCCAGAAGCAGAAGACUACAUUGUCCGCUCUCAUGGAAACUACCUCAUGGAUCGGUCGGUCUCCAUCGAGCUACCAUGCAUGGAGCCGGGCAAGUACUCCGUGUUUGUGAGCGUUGUCGGCGAGAGAGACACGGACUUUUCUACUAUCGAGGACGUCGUGAAACGUGAAUGCAAGAAGCGUCAAGACCACGACAAACUUGCAUCAGUCGGCUAUGCUUAUGACCUUGCCCAUUCCAAGGGCGUUGCGCACCUCGAGCAGGUUGCCCAGCUGCGCAAGAAGUCCGAAUCUCAAAAGGCGAGCACAUCUCGUCAAGCCGAGCGCCGCAAGCUCUGGGAGAAGCGCCACAUGAACCGCGAGAUCACCAAGAAGCAGCAAAAGAAGAAUCAGGCGAAGCGGGAUCGCAACCGCGAGAUCCGUGACGCCGAGCGUAAGAAGAAGGAGGAAUCUGAAGCCGCUGAGCGCAAGAUCAAAGAAGAAGCCGAGGCCGCCGAGCGCAAGAAGAAGGAGGCGGCUGAGGAGGCAGAGCGCAAGAAGGCUGAGGCUGACAAGCCCAAGGAGUCGAGCGACGAUAACAACGACACAGCUGCCAAGUCCGAGACUGACAAGAAAGAUGAGUCUUCAGACAAGAAGGACGAGUCGCAGAAAGACGCCGAGGCCGAUAAGGAAGAGUCGACGCCUGCUCCGUCCCCGGCUCCUGCUCGUCGCACAGACUACUCUUCUGACGGCGACUCGUCUGAUAGCCCUGUCGAAGACUGGGAGGAGCUAUAUAGCAGUGAUGAUAUGUCGCGCAAGCCUCGCAUGGCGCCUCCCCCUCCCCCUCCUGCCAACAAUGAUAAGAACGUCGAGACAGACGAGGAGGCUGGGCUCCCCGACCCAUGGAACGCCAUCUGCAUCGUCAACUUCCGUGUCUACUCCAAGGACGAGGACUUGGACCUGCGCGUCGUAAUUGAAGGCGGUGAGCUCGCUGAGGGCGGCAUGGGUGAGAAGGGCGCUCAAGAUCUUGAUAACGCUCAGAUGAAUGCUGCUGGUGCUCGCGAGAAGAAUAUGGACAACGACAAGGUCACGGACGAACGUGAGAUUGUCGAUGGUGAAGCCAUUCUGAAGCAAAAGAUUCAACCCAGUGGAGAGAAGAGCGAAAUAAGUUCCGAAGUACCAGACCUCAAAGUCGAAGAGGUAGUACAAGACGAUGAUGACGAUGACCAUUCGGUCAUAUCGCUCGAUACCAACCCUGUCCCAACUCCGGCUGAAGAGAUUGGCGAUCCAUCCAACGAUUGUACACCUCAGAGGAUCGCUUAG